AUGCCAACCCGCAGGGAAGCCGGCGGGAGUGAGUUACCGGCCAAGGCCCAGGAGCGGAGACUGCAGAGGCGUGCGGGGCUCGGCGGCUGGGGGCCCGCUGCUCUCCACCCACCGCCGCUCGCUCCAGCCGCCUGCUGCGGCGCCUGCCGCAUCGGGCCGCCGAAGCCCGAGGCCGGCGGAAACCGGAGGAAGGUGGCCCGGGUCAGGGGCGGCGCGGGCACGAUUCCUUCUCCACGGACCAGGCGUGGGAGCCGCGGGAGUCCAAGGCGCCUGACGAGCGGUGCGCUACCCUGCGCGCCCCGGUCCGGGUCCCAGGCGACUGCGCCGAGCGCCUCCGGAGCCGCGGGGAAACUCCUCCUGCUCGGCUGCUGGCGCCAGACGCGCGGUGACCACGGCCGCCCCCAAGUUCACGGAGGAAGGUGCAAUGCAGAGGGAGCCUGGGGGUUCCGUCCCCGGAGCAGGGAGGCGGGAAAGCAGCCGAGCCCGUACCUUUCGGGCUGGGGGGACACCGGCCGCGCGCCCUUCCCGGGCGUCCCGGACAGGAAAAUCACCACGAAGGGAGGGCCGGGGAAAAGCAGCGGGUGGCUUCAGGACAAGGAAGAAAUCAAUAAAUGGUGUUAUAUAGAAGAAAAUGACCACGAAUCAUUCAUUCACUCAGCAAAUAUUUGUGUCCACGAUGUGCCAGGCACAAGGCAAGGAGCACUCUGCAGAUACAGGUCAGGAAUGGGCAUUUGCGACCCAAUUCUUGCCAAUGAGAUAGGAGAGCAAGGCCUUUGGAAAAGUCUUGAUCUCUUCAAAAGAUGAAUGAGGGAAGUGAGUGC